GACUUCAUUUUCCUGUGUCCUUGUACCAUCCAUCAGCGAGAGGCAAGGGAUGGCUAGGAAGUGCUCAAGUUGUGGAAACAACGGCCACAACUCCAGGACAUGCAGUGGCCAUAGAGGCAUGGAGGACAGUAGUAUCGGUGGGGAUUCAACUUGUUGUGGCUUGAGGCUGUUUGGGGUGCAGCUCCAGGUAGGUUCAUCUUCUUCUCUGAAGAAAUGCCUCAGCAUGAAGUGCUUGUCACCGGCAACCUAUUAUGGAGCUACUGCUGUGUUGAGCACAUCGCCUUCGGUGUCGCCGCCGUCUUCACUUGUCUCCAUAGAGUUGACCACCGAGCAAUUCUCUGGCGGAUACCUGUCCGAUGGCCUCAUAGCCAGAGCUCAUGAAAGGAAGAAAGGAGUUCCAUGGACAGAGGAAGAGCACCGGAUGUUCCUUGUUGGCCUUGAAAAUCUCGGGAAAGGCGACUGGCGGGGAAUUUCCCGACACUUCGUCGUGUCACGGACUCCAACGCAGGUGGCCAGCCAUGCACAGAAGUACUUCCUGAGGCAGUGUAGCCUCACGCAGAAGAAGAGGAGAUCCAGCCUCUUUGAUGCGGUGGUAGGUGCCAAGAAGUCUGCAAUAGUAAGGACAUCAGUAUUAUCUGAAGUGCAAUUGAAGGAGGCUGUUCGGCCUCCUCCAUGCCUGAAUUUAUUGAGGAAUGCAUCGACAGGUAGUGAUGGUGUUGCUUCACAGGCCCCUUGUUCCUCCCUAAGCUUGAUGGCUCAACCUCAGGUUCACCUUAAGAUGGCUGACCUCGAGCUAAAGAUGUCCACAUCCCGGUUAUCCGACCAAGCUGGCCCGUCGCCGAGCACUCCUUUUUUCGGAACAAUCAGGGUUACUUAAUCUAGGUUAUUCAGUGCGCAUGGGAAAGAAGAGCGGGUCAGGCUCUGCAGCUUUAUGUUGACACAAAGGUAUCAUAAAAUGGCUGCUGGUUAGAUUUCACAGCCUGGAGAAAGUGAAAGAUGAGAUCAUAAUAUCCAGUUUGCACUUGCAGUGGGCAUGACAAGACAUGCAAAACCAGCACUGCUGCUCCUCACAACCAUCUUUUCUCUUCUGCGAUAUAUAUCUUUCUACAUAGAUUAUCAUGGCCUUGUAGAAUAAUAGAUUUGAAAGAAAAGUGUGGCAAAUGAUUAAAUAUCCCUGUAGAUUGAUUAACUAUGUACACAUUGAGCGAACAAGAAAUUAGCUCUGGGUGUCCUUGUUAUA